GAAUGCGCGUGCGAUGCCUACCCUGUACCGCAGUGGUAACGCGGGCGGCCCAAGGUUGGACAACGUGCGGCCCCAGGACCUCGUAAUGGACAAUGGCAAAGUCAGCACAACCGCCGGUGGCAUGUCGACGUUCGACUACAUUCUAAAUGACUGGAAGACGAAGAGCCAGCUGAAGAACGUCUGGGUGCUGCCGGGCGAGGCGGAACUUACAGCGCUGAACCUGGUUGCAAUCCAUGAUAACGACCCCCAGGGCCACUGGAGCAUCCGGCCGAAGGUUGCAAUGGCAACGGAUGAAUUCAAGGUGAAACUGGCAGAGCUGAACGGCAAGUGCACGAAGAGGCCUCUCACGGCUGAGGAGGAGGCGAGCUUCAAGAAAGAGAAGGGUAAGCGGACGAUCGAGGACCUGUUCGCUGCACUCGAGCGACGUGGGUUCGAGGAUCUGCUGACCCGCUUUGUGCGCCCCGGAUUUGGCGAACGUGUCCCACACAUCUCACGCUACGAUUCGUACCCCUACGUCGCUCGUCGCUCCGACAUGUUCGCCGAGCUCCCCCGAUCUGAGCUAGACGCUCGCGACCUUGACGGCGGGGAGUGGUACUAAGCGUGGGUAUUAUAUAUAAUAUAUCGCACGAUGUAGCCAUUGCCUUCCAGAACACGACGUAAUCGCGAUGCCUUCGCCAUCUGAA